UCGUUUGUUUUUUGCAGCUCUAGCGGGGCGCACGUGUUGCGGACUUCUUCGUUUGUUUAUGUUGCAAUAUUGUUUAAUAUAUUGCAGCAAACAUGUUCGUCAACGAAGUUAACGAUGUGAAAAUAUACAACUUGAGCGCCGGCAAGUCGGUGCCCGAUUGGCUGACGGACCGGCGCAAGAAGUCGAAGUUGAUGAAGAAGGUGGACUCGCGGAGGCAGAUCGAGCUCAUCCAAGACUUUGACAUGCCAGGCGUGUGCACCAGCAUUCGCAUGAGUCCCGACCAGCAGUACAUCCUAGCCACAGGAACGUACAAGCCGCGUGUCAAAUGCUUUGAAGUCUCCAAUCUCUCCAUCAAAUUUGAGCGCUGCUUUGACUCGGAGGUGACCACGUUCGAGGUCAUUAGCGACGACUAUUGUAAAAUGGUGUUCCUGCAAUGCGAUCGCUAUGUAGAGAUUCACGCGGCCCACGGACGGCACUAUAGGCUCAGGAUUCCCCGCUUUGGGCGUGACAUGAAGUAUCACAAGCCCAGCUGUGAUAUGUACAUUGUGGGAGUGGGCAAGGACAUUUAUCGACUGAAUCUAGAGCGUGGUCAGUUCCUACAGCCCUUUGAGACGGACGCCAGCUGUCUCAAUGCCUGCGAUGUGAAUCCCGAGCAUCAUCUGCUUGUUGCUGGCACCAAAGAGGGCACGGUUGAGGCGUGGGAUCCGCGAACAAAGCAACGAUGCUCCACCCUGGAUGUGGCCAUGAAAUUGCCCGGCGUCAAGGAGUUUCCCUCAGUCACAGCUCUUAAGUACCGCAGUGGCUUACAUAUGGCGGUGGGCACGGCGUCUGGCCAUGUUCUUAUCUACGAUAUACGCGCCAAGCAGCCGCUGCUAGUGAAGAAUCACCUCAAUCGACUGCCCAUCAAGCGGCUGGCCUUUAACCCUGCUCAGAAUGCUGUUUACAGCAUGGACGAGGCGACGCUGAAGCUAUGGGAUGAGCAGACGGGCAAGCAGAUCGCUUACGUGGAGUCAACCAGCUCGUUUAACGAUUUCUGUACCAUACCCGACACGGGCAUGUUCUUCCUGGCCCAGGAAGAUGUGAAAAUGUUGACCUACUACGUGCCCGCAAUGGGACCGGCUCCACGCUGGUGCUCAUUCCUGGACAAUCUCACCGAGGAGAUCGAAUCGGAGGUUCUGGAGAAUGUCUACGAUGACUAUCAGUUUGUUACAGCCAAAGAGCUGGCAGAAUUGGGCAUGGAACAUCUCGUUGGCACCAAUCUGCUCAAGGGCUACAUGCAUGGCUACUUCAUGGACGCUCGUUUGUACAACAAAGCAAAGGCUGUCGUGGAGCCCUUCGCGUUUGACCGCUUCCGCAAGGAUAAGAUCCGUCAGGAGAUUGAAAGUGAGAGAAAGUCACGCCUGCAAAUCGAUUCAAAACUGCCAAAAGUCAACAAGGAGUUGGCUCUCAAGAUUAUGGACGAGCAGGCCAAUCCCUCAAACAGUGCCAAGCAGCGCAAUGUGCCCAAUCUGCUGGAGGACUCACGUUUCAAGGCCAUGUUUGAGAAUUCCGACUUUGCGGUCAACAAGGAGGCCGAGGAGUAUCGUCUUCUGGCUCCUGUUCUCAACCGCUUGGAUAAGUCCAAGGCCAAGGAGUUGAAGCAGCGUGUGGAGGUGGCUCGAGUGGCGGAACUGCAUGCAGAGGAGGCAGAGCCACGUGACGACAGCGACAAUGACGAGGAUCUGUUCGGUUUUGAAAAGAGCGACGGCGAAAAGGAAGUGGAGAGUGGUGACGAGGCCUCUUCGGAUGACGAUGACAGACGGGAAUAUGUCAAGGAAAUGAAACAGGCCUACAAACAGGUCAAGCGACAACGCGAGGAUGAAGACGAGGAAGAGGAGGCCAUGGAAACAGCAGAAGCUGACGAUCAGCUGCAGAGGGCUAAUGACCAAGAAAGGCACUUGAAAAAUGGCAAUUACAAUCAUCCACCCACAAAUGGUAUUGGAAAACGAUUUACCAUGACCCCGCUGGAUCAGCACCAAGGCAACAGCCUUAUGCAGCAACGCAUAAAGCAGGCCAGCCUGCAGGAUCGAGUGCGCGUCAUGUCCCAGCUGGAAGGUCAGGUGACCAAUGUGGGUCGCUCCCUCGGCAAUCGACAAAUGACCUUCGAGGUGAACAAGCAAAAGAAGACACAGUACCAUGCCAAGAAGCGCGAGGCGGAGCUGAAGAAGCAUCGCGACGAGAGGAGAAGUAUCGUCCGGCCCAUCAAAUCGUUGAGGCUAAAGAAGGUUAACUUUAAGUAGAAAGCUUCAACAAAUUGCAAUUCGUUUUGUAAAUAAAUUCAUAUUUUAUUUUAAAA